AUGGGCCAGAAAGGCAUGAGAGUCCUCACGCUUGUAGCGUUCCUGGUGGCCGUGACGCCUCUGCGCGCCAGGGAUCCUUCCCUCCGCUGGAAGCCCAAACAGAACGACCGCCUGCAUGUCAUAGCCGCUGCCAGGAAGCUGGGCACCUCGGCUCUUCUGAGGAGUGUGGAGAAAGCCAAGCAGCAAGUAAAUGAUGCUUAUGAACGCGCCCAGGAAAGCUUAAGGGAGAAACUGAGGACCAACAAAGUUACACCGGCAGACUUGAUGAUGCUCUUCAAGCAACCGGUGGGACAAACACUGGAGGUGGUCAAGGCCGCAGAUUACUUGCACACCGCCUACGACCUCUUGAAAGAGAAACUGCGGUCCGCCAGCACGGAGGACUUCAACAUCACGGAUGUGCUCAGCCGGGUCCAGCUGCAAACGAUCUACAGAGCCACCGGGUGCGAACGGCAAGAAAUGAGGACGGUCGUGUGUGACGAACAGAGCCCUUACCGGACCAUUACGGGCGAAUGCAAUAACAGGAGAAUUAUCACCCUGGGGUCCAGCAACCGGCCCUACGCCCGGUGGCUUCUGCAAGAGUACGAGGACGGCGUCUCGCUCCCUCGUGGCUGGACGGAGACGAAGCGCUACAACGGCUUCCCUCUGCCCUCGGUCCGGCUGGUCUCCAACGAAAUCGUCCGCUACCCCAACCAAAUCAGGCUGCAGCAGCAGCCGCAGCAGCCGCCCCCCAUCCAACCCAUCACCGACGACAGCUCCCGGUCGGUCUUCUUCAUGCAGUGGGGUCAAUUUAUCGACCACGAUAUGGACUUCGGACCCUCCGUGACGCCGCUGUGUGGUUCAGAAUGUGCCAAGACCCCGUCGUGCUUCCCCAUCAAGCUCCCUCCCAAUGACCCCAAGCUAGAACAGGGCUGCUGCAUCCCCUUCACCCGCUUGGCCCCCGCAUGUAACGGCGGCUACGCCAUCCGGAACCAGAUCGAUGCGCUCACGCCUUUCAUCGACGCCAGCCAGGUGUAUGCCAGCGAAGUGGAUUGGGCCCUGCAGUUGAGAAACCUGUCCAAUGACCUGGGGCUGCUGGCUGUCAACAACCGAACCACAGAUCGGGGGCUGGCCUUGCUCCCAUUUGGCACCCCGAAAGGCUUCCCGGAUAACUGCCAUUUGAGCAAUCCAGCAAAGAACGUUGGAUGUUUUAAUGCAGGGGACAACCGGGUCAACGAGAUGCCGGGUCUGAUAGCCCUGCAGACGCUUUUCAUGCGGGAGCACAACCGCCUGGCCACGGAGCUGAAGAGGAUGAAUCCGCAAUGGAACGGGACUGUUCUCUACCAAGAGGCCCGGAAAAUCGUGGGAGCGGAAAUACAGAUCAUUACCUUCAAUGAGCACCUGCCCUUACUUCUGGGCAAUACGUUCUCUCGGAACAGCCAAAGAGCCCCGAACCGCUACCGGGGCUACAACGAGUCCGUGGACCCCCGAAUCGCCAGUGUUUUCACAAUUGCUUUUCGUUUCGGCCACACUUCCGUGCGGCCCAGCGUGUUUCGCUUGGACGCUCAAUACCGAGUCAUGAACGAAUCGCGGCUAGAGGAUGAGUUCCUUGCGACUUGGAGGAUCGUACAGAGCGGCAUUGACCCGGUGCUGCGCGGCCUCAUGGCCAGACCGGCAAAACUGUUGAAACAAAACCAGAUAGCCGUGGACGCAAUAAGGAAUGAUCUUUUUAGAGUUCUCGUGAAGGUUGGACUGGAUUUACUCUCCUUGAACAUGCAGCGUGGCCGAGAUAUUGGCCUUUCAGGUUAUAAUGCUUGGAGACAGUUCGCCGGUCUCUCGCAGCCUAAGAAUGAGGCUGAGCUGGCUGCAGUGUUGCGCAAUCCCUCGUUAGCCAAGAAGUUCAUUGAGCUGUACGGGACGCCCGACAACAUUGACCUGUGGAUUGGGGGGGUGGCUGAGCCCUUGGUAACCAACGGCAGAGUCGGACCCCUCUUGGCCAGUAUCAUUGGGAAACAGUUCCAGAACAUCCGGGAUGGAGACAGGUUCUGGUGGGAGAAUCCCGGCGUGUUCACCCCGGCGCAGCGCAAAGCUCUGACCCAAGUCAGUUUGCCUCGCAUCAUCUGUGACAACACCAACAUCCGAGAGGUGCCCCGCUUCAUUUUCCGGGCCAACCAGUAUCCCCGCGAUUUUGUCAACUGCAACACCAUCCCGAGGCUCAGCCUCUUCCCCUGGAAGGCCAAAUGUGAGUCCAGCGGCUUGGUUCCUGCAGACCUCCCCCACACCUGCGCAUUAAUAAGGCGCAAAACUAAGACUGCGCAGUGGCGGCGAAGCCAUUCUGGGCUUCAGAGAACGCUCUUCUGA